GCUGCGACCAAGGCGAUGGCUCCGCCUCCGGCGGGGGCGGCCGGCCCCACCUUCGAGGACCUCGAGCGCGACCUACAGGCGGUGCUCAUGGACCAGAACCACCACGGCGGGGGCGGCGGCCCCUCCGCCGAGGAGCUCAGCAUGUACCGCAGCGGCAGCGCGCCGCCCACCGUGCAGGGCGCCCGGGCCGCGCUCUUCUCCACCUCCGCCGCCGCGCCGCAGCCGCACCUCGACGCCCUCGCUGCGGGCGACAUGCUCUCUGAGGAGGAGAUACUGUCCCACCCGGCCUACCUGCAGUACUACUACAACAACGAGCACCUCAACCCGAGGCUGCCCGCGCCCAUGGUGUCCAAGGAGGACUGGCGCACGGCGCAGCGGUUCCAGUCCGUCUCCGGGGGGAUCGGGGACAGGAGGAGGAGGCCCUCCGAGGCCCCUGGCGGGAGCUCGCUCUUCUCGAUGCAGCCCGGAGCGCGCGAGGGCAAUGGGACGGAGUUUCUGAUGAACGAUAGGAGACAAGGGAAUGGGUUUGCGCGGCAGCAGUCGUCGGACUGGCUUGCGCAGGGCGCUGAUGGGCUUAUGGGGUUGUCCGAUGUCAAUGGCCUCAGCUCUCGUCGCAAGAGCUUUGCGGAUGCACUGCAGGAAAAUAUUAGCCGCCCUGGUUCUAAAGUUGGUCAUCUUUCCCGCUCUAAUAGCCGGAAUGCUUUCGAGAGCCCAAAUCCAAUGAAUCUUUCACGCUCUAAUAGCCGGAAUGCUUUUGAGAGCCCAAAUCCAAUGAAUCUUUCACGCUCUAAUAGCCGGAAUGCUUUCGAGAGCCCAAAUCCAGUGAAUCUUUCACGCUCUAAUAGCCGGAAUGCUUUCGAGAGCCCAAAUGCAGUUAGAUCCUCUGAUUCAUCAAGAGCACAGCUGCCGAGUAGGCCGGAUUCCAUGAAUGACUUUCGAUCUGGAGCAGCUUCACCCAGUCUUGCCAGGGUCCAGAGUUUGGGUUCUUCAAUGUCCAAUACAUUUGCUUCUGCAGUAGGCUCUUCAAUCUCAAGAAGUACCACUCCUGAUCCUCAGUUGAUUCAGAGGAUUCCAAGUCCUUGCCUUCCUCCUGUUGGAGUUAGGAUGGGGAAAGCUGAUAGAAAGGUUGAAGGCGUGGGUGUCUCUUCUCAUAAUUAUGAUGGUUCUGACACUGCAGCAGCUCUAUCUGCUAUGUCCAAUUUAAAUCUCUCUGGGAACAGGAUGACCAACUUAGAAACUGAUGUGCAAAAUCAUAUUUAUCAGAACUUUGGUGAUCAGAGAGACGUGAUCUUUAAUGAUCCAAAGGAGCAUAGACAGUUCUCACAGCAGAAGUUAGUUCACAGUGCUGAUGAAGAGCCAAUAAAUGCGCUGGAGUAUUCAGUCUUUCCAAAUGGUAGCAGUAAUUCAAAGAGCAAUUUUCCUACACAAUCACCACAUGGUAAUUCUAAUAAAAAGGAGUCUUUACUAAGCCCGACUGGAUCUGUGUAUCACUACAAGAACCUGAAUGGUGAUAGCCCAAACAUUGAUGUUUCUGGACGACAUACAAAGGCUAAUUCACGAAAUUCUGGUUCAUCCAUGCUGAACAACCACAUGAAUACUGAUGGUGAAUAUGGCAACCAUUUUUCAAAUCAACUUGGGGCUGGUUUUCAGGGCCAACAAAUGGACCCUAUGUAUGCGUCUUACUUGCAGGCAAAUCCCAACUCCCCCCUUGGUGCAGCUGCAAGCAUGAGCCCUUUCCGAGGAAGUAACUUUUCUGGUUCAGGCCAUCUGGAUACUGCUGGAUAUCAGAAGGCAUAUCUUGCAUCAUUACUUGCGCAGCAGAAGCUACAGUAUGGGAUGCCAUACUUGGGGAAGUCUGGUGGUCUUAGCCCGACACUUUAUGGCAGUGAACCAGCUUAUGGCAUGGAAAUGCCAUAUUUAGCAAGUCCAACAUCUAGCCAUUAUAUGUCAUCUCCCCAGGGCCAUGUCAGGCAAGGAGAUAGGCUAACACGUAUUCCAUCCGUGGCGAGGAGCACCACUGGAGGAACUAUGGGAUCAUGGAGUUCAGAGAAUGGUCUGAUAGAUAAUGGUUAUGGGUCUUCUCUGCUGGAGGAAUUCAAGACCAAUAAGACCCGAUCUUUUGAGCUGCUAGAUAUUGUGGGUCAUGUGGUGGAGUUCAGCUCGGACCAGUAUGGAAGUCGCUUUAUACAGCAGAAACUUGAAACAGCUUCUACAGAAGAGAAGAACAUGAUUUUUCCAGAAAUCCUUCCCCAAGCACGAACUUUGAUGACUGAUGUUUUUGGAAAUUAUGUUAUACAGAAGUUCUUUGAAUAUGGGACUGAAGCACAACAAAAGCAAUUGGCAAGCCUACUCAAGGGUUAUGUAUUGACGCUGAGUCUUCAAAUGUAUGGCUGCCGAGUGAUUCAGAAGGCUUUAGAAGUGGUUGAAGUGGAACAACAAACACAAAUGGCUUUGGAGCUUGACGGAACUAUCAUGAAAUGUGUUCGUGAUCAAAAUGGCAACCAUGUAAUCCAGAAGUGCAUAGAAUGCAUCCCUCAAGAAAGGAUACAGUUCAUUAUUUCUGCUUUUUAUGGGCAUGUGGUUGACCUUUCCACCCAUCCAUAUGGCUGCCGUGUUAUUCAGCGAGUCUUGGAGCACUGUGAUGAUGAAAGCACACAAAGUGCCAUGAUGGAAGAGAUCAUGCAAUCCGUGGUUCCUUUGACACAAGACCAGUAUGGCAACUAUGUUAUCCAGCAUGUCUUGCAACACGGAAAACCAGAAGAACGCACUUCUAUAAUUAGGCAACUUGCUGGACAGAUCGUGAAGAUGAGCCAACAGAAAUUUGCUUCGAACGUUGUUGAGAAGUGUCUUUCUUUUGGUUCUCGUGAGGAGCGCCAGAUUCUAAUUGAUGAGAUGCUUGGCACUACCGAUGAGAAUGAACCAUUACAGGCAAUGAUGAAAGACCAGUUUGCUAACUAUGUAGUGCAAAAGGUUCUGGAGACCUGCGACGACCAUAACCGUGAGCUAAUUCUUUCACGUAUCAAGGUCCACCUGAAUGCGCUGAAGAGAUACACCUACGGGAAACAUAUUGUUGCCCGGGUUGAGAAGCUUAUUCAGGCAGGAGAAAGGCGUGGUGGUGUCUCAUCGCAGCAGUCUAGCAGAGAUUGAUGAACGGUUAGUUUGACAGAAUAACACUGUACAGACAGAUAGCGAGGCUAGCCUUACCAGUAGUCUUGUCCAGUGCCGUCGGAGAAAGCUAAAGCUCGGGAAGCCUUUGAUGUAAAUAAAGGAGGGGGCCUCUGGGAAUAAAAGAAGAGAUUUUGCUUGUCCUAAAGGAGAGAAAUUGUAUAUUUGUAAACCGUUUUUUCCCUCUUCAGGUAAGAUAUAUAUAAAAGAAGAAAGGCGAAGCAAUUAGCUGUAAUGUUUAGGGGGAUAGUAGAUGAUGGGGAGCAAGGACACCUGUAGAUCCUUUUGCCUUGGGUUUCAUCACUGUAUAAGGUUUCAAUCUCUGUAAAGGUUUACUGACGUUUCUGCAGAAAUCAAAUGCAUAGUCUGUAUCAA